AUGUGUAACUGCAACAUUCUUUACUUAGUACUACCAUUUUUCCUACUAUUUUGCAGCUUUUCUCUAAGAUGCUACGCGGUGCAGAGUGAUAUCGAUUGCUUGAGAUCGAUAAAAGAUUCGUUGGUAGACCCUUUAAACAUGUUGAAUUCUACAUGGAAGUUCGAUAAUCAGACAGAAGGUUUCAUAUGCAGAUUUGCAGGAAUACAAUGCUGGCAUCCUGAUGAGACCAGAGUUUUAUCCAUUAGUCUUCCAGACAUGGGACUAAAAGGUGAGUUUCCGCGAGGCAUACAAAAUUGCACUUCUAUAACUUCUCUAGAUCUUUCAAGCAACGAGCUAUAUGGAACCAUCCCUUCGGAUAUAUCAAGAUUAAUUGGAUUUAUUGUAACGGUUGAUCUCUCAAGCAACCUAUUCUCAGGCGCGAUCCCAAGUGACAUUUCAAAUUGCUCUCAUCUCAAUUCCCUCAAAUUAGAAAACAAUAAACUAGAAGGACUGAUCCCACCUGAAAUUCGCUUGUUAAAGCGACUCAAGACGUUUAAUGUUGCAAAUAAUAUGUUGACAGGGCCAGUGCCAAAUUUUGUCACUUUUCCAAUUGAAAGCUAUGCAAAUAAUUCAGGACUUUGUGGUAGUCCUCUGGAAUUAUGUGUUACAGAACGCGUAGUAAGCCGUCAUAUUCUGUUUGCUUGUGGUUUUGUGACGGGUUGGUCGCUUUCUACAUUACUUGGACGUAUUUUAAAGCUGGAGAAGAUUGUUACAAGAAUGAAUUUUAUCGAACUAUCAAAAGCGACUUCGAAUUUCAGCCAAGACAAUGAAAUCGGGAAUGGAAUGCUGGGGAAAGUGUACAAAGCACUAGUCCCAAAUGGAUGGACUGUUGCCAUAAAGAGGCUCCAAAGUUCCGAGGAUUUGGAGGAACAGUUUGUUUCCGAGAUCACAACUCUAGGUAUUUUGAGGCAUCCGAAUUUAGUGUCCCUAAUCGGAUUUUGUUAUGAGAGGGACGAGCGGAUUCUGGUUUACAAAUACAUGCCUAAUGGAAACUUACAUGAGUGGCUGCAUUCAACCGGCGACAAGGCAAGACUCUUGGACUUCCCUCUAAGGGUUAAAAUUGUUGUUGGUGUCGCGAAAGCCCUGGCUUGGCUUCAUGAUGGUGGAAAUUUCCAUGUCGUGCAUAGUAACAUUAGCACACAAUGUAUCUUGCUCGAUGAAAAUUUCGAUCCCAAGUUAUCCAAUUUUUGGGAGGCAACAUUUGUAGAACCAAAUGACAUAGGUUCAAACUUGAGUCUAUCGCCAAUGGUCGAGUUUUUAGACUUUACAACAUACAAAAAAGAUGUCUAUAAAUUUGGGGUUGUGCUUCUCGAGAUUUUAACGGGGAAGGAAUCUUACGAAUUGAGCUGCUCGAGUCAAAAUUUAUCGAGCAGCUCUUUUGCCAGUCCUCUUGAUGUGGAUAAACUACUGCUAGGCCAAGGAUUUGAUAAUAUGGUAAUGCAACUACUUGAACUUGCAAGUAACUGCAUGAAAUUCAUCCCGGAUCAAAGGCCAACGAUGCAACAAGUGUAUCAGACUGUUGCUGCGAUUGCUUGAGUCCAUGACCAAACAGGGGACUCUGAAAUACAAUUGCACUUGGACUAGAAGCAGGGGAGGAGCCACCAAAGGUACAUGUAGCUUUGGCUCAAACCAUGUAUUUAUGUUGAAGAACCAUUUUAUAUGUAUAUAACUUGUUUUCUAUCGUUUCAUUCGUUUAGCAAGAAAUGUACGUCUUCCUGAAUUGUUGUUUUCU